AUGUCAGCGAGAGGCGCGCGAAGUCGGAAAGCCGUUGUCAAAGAUAUCGAAAAAAAGGAGAAGAAGGUUGCACAGAAAGGCAAAGCGCCUGAGGCGAUACGCAGACCUGGCGAUGCCUUUGCGGAAUGGAAUUCGGCCGGCACGCGAAGCGGUGUCCCGACGAAGAAAGCUUCUACACCCGCGCCGCCUCUUUUUAGAGCCGAGUCAAGUCUCAACUAUCCCAGCAACCCCGACCAGAAAAGUUGGAUGAAUUUUCGAAUAUGGCAGGGUGGCAACGAAGGCAUGAGGCCUUACGGUGGUUUUGACUUCGACGAGGAUCUGCAAGACGGAAAUGUGCUCAUCUACUUUACAGAAGAACAAAUAGAUGAGGAUCGUCCGCUGCCACAGAUUAGAGCGGAGCUGGAUGUGCUCGAAAAUUGCGGUUCUACUUGGUUGAAUAACGCUUUACUUUACGGACGCAUCGACGAUAACGACGACUGGACGCUUGAAGAUAGCGCGGAGUCGUCUCGACAGUCGUUUACUCCUCAUUUCCCGCUACCGCCAGGCCAGCGGCAAAUGCUGGCUCCCGUCUCCCCGGGUGGCAUGUCGUCUCCGCCGCCUUUCAACAUCAACCAGACUUACUAUGGAGUUCCUAGAUAUUCUGAUGAUUCAAGGGCACAAUAUUACCCUGGUAACGCCCGUCCGGAUGCCAUGUCACCACCUCCAUCGUUUCGAGCGUCGCAACAGCAACGAGCGACACAUGAAUUAUGGUUUACAGCACCGAGACACUUGAAGACGCCACAAGCGCAACGGCUGCAUCAUGUCGCAGUGCGAAAUUUCAUCGCUAUACUACAUGACAAACCUAUGGUAGGGGCCGACCUGUUCGAGAUGUUGAAUACGCUUCAGCCUGAGAUUCAGGUCAUGUAUGAUCUUGACCAUGACGAGCAUUCGAAACUCACGUCACGCGAACGCAGCGUCCAAACCAUCACGAAUUAUCUGACACAGCACAAGCUAGACGACGUUAGGAAUGGCAUCAAGCUAGCCAUCAGCUUGCUCACCUGGGCGGAACAAGACAACGUACGGUGGCGUCAAGGGUACUUGGAGAGCUUUGUUCAUCUUGCUGGUAUCUUGAACCCGCAGGUAGAGGAGCAUCCAGAUUUCAAGAGACUGUCCAUUGCCACAAGGAGGAACUUAGGGAUUGCAGCCAAGUCGCUACAGCUGCGAGUGAUGGAGGCUGAAGAGAGGCUGGGCACGUUCGAUUUUGACGAUGUAUGGCCGAAUGUUGCAAAAGCUGCCGGCACACCCGUGUAUCAGAGCUGUCAGGCUUUUCGACAAUUCUUGAUCAAUUAUCUCACCAAGAUCUACGGCAACUGGCCACCAAGUCAAGGCCAGACAUGGCUUAACAGGAAGAUUGCACUUGAUUUACAACGAGAUUUCGGCAUGCUCUACGACUACCUCGUCAACCGAGACGUGGUUUGGGACGUGCGGGAAGAACGACCUGGAAACAAGUGGCAGAUGGCGAACCUAAAAACUGAGGACUUCAGAGCUAACCUACCCGAGCUAUCGCUGUCGGACAUCCUGGUGACUUGGGACAAUAAGCACGGGUACUCCCAUAUCCCGCAUGCGUAUCCGUUACUACCGAGGGAUGUACCACAGACGAGGUUGGCACAAAAGAAAGGUCUUUUCGGUGGUCUAAAGAAGAGCAAGAUAGAUGCGACGAAGGACGCUAAGACGCAUUUACAGCUGUCGAUAGUAUUCAGCGAUGCUACGAACAUCGAAAAGCUGGACUCUUCAUUUGGCGGCAACAUUCUCAUCGAUAGUUUUGAGCAGUUUGAACUCAGUGCAGACCUCAAGGCUACGACACCGCGCGAAGCACGUCUCGGACGCUGGGUGCUUCUAUACGGGAUCCUUCAAGUUCUUUCCACUCUAUCUGUCGACGUCCAAUCCCUCAAACACACCGACGGGGUGCGUUACUUCCUUUGCACUGAUCUCAAACGAUGCCCAGAAUGGGUGACGAAUGGCCAAACUGAGCUGCUCGAAGCCUCUCAGCAGCGUACAUGGUGUUGGCAACGCCCUUGGGACCCAACGCCCAUCAAAGGCGAGCCUGUCGAGCUAGAAGCCAGCACACCUCCUCCCACGGAGGAACUGGACAGCACCACGCUUGACGGUGCCACCAUGAUGAACAACGAGAUCCGUCAUCUCGGCGAGAAGAUAGACAACAUAGGUGUUGCACGCGCGGAGAGUCGCUCUGCUGCUGAUCGCAAGCUCGUAGCACGCCGCGAGGGCCAGAAGAUGAUCCAAGGAGAAUUUGCAAGUCAGAAGAUGGAACAGAGCUACAGGGACCAAAGCUACAGGGACCAAAGCUACAGGGACCAAAGCUACAGGGACCAAAGCUACAGGAUCAGGGAGAGCGAUUACGACACGAGGCCUUUGGUGCCAGAUCGAAGUCCACUGAGAAGUCCCGGUGGUACUGUCCUAGAUGUCCCUCGUUACCAAGGAAGGGAGCGCAUUCGCAGCAACGCUUCCGAGUUGUACCCGAUGAGUCCCCAAGACUAUCCUGUGAGGGCAUCUUCUAGGACUCAAGCAGAAAAUUUUCCCUAUGAUGAAGAGCGCCGUGGCUGGAGGUGA